CCUGAUAACAUGAACAAAUGUUACCAUAUAAAAACCUUCCCCGAGUAGUUGAGAUCAUUAUUAACCGAUGUUGCAAACUGGAAAUAUAUUCACCAGAAGGGAUAACUUGCGAAAAGAGGAAUAAGAAACCUAUAUAUUCUAUGAUGUUAUUUGGGCAUUCAUGGCAACUCAGAUUGCUAAACAGAAACAUGACACUUCCAAACCGACACCUGCCUCACUUGGAAUCAGUACGAUUAAGCCCAAAUUUCAACAGUAUGCGUUGCCGUCCAAACGACUAGAAUCGUUUAAAGAGGCGUCAGUGCCGUGGCCAGAAAGUUCACCUGUUAAGAUCGAAGACAUGGUUGCGGCUGGGCUCGUUUAUACGGGUGUUGGAGAUAGUGUUCGCUGCUACCACUGCGGUGGUGGUCUACGGAACUGGGAGCCGGGAGACGACCCAAUGGAGCAGCACGCCAAGUGGUACCCGACAUGCCAACAUGUCCUCAUUACUAAGGGCAAAACAUAUAUCCACAAUGUUGAAGCUGGCGAAAAUCCUGACAAUAUUUUAGCAAGAAGACAUAAGGGAAAACAGUCAUCGGAAGAUGACUUGGCAUCGCAACAACAGCGAGAAGCAAUGCAAGCCGCUGCUGAGUUCGGAUAUUCCGAGGAAAACAUUGCAAUAGCUGCCAGUUUAUUUCGAGAACGAAAUGGAGCCUCUUCCAAAUUUAAGGGUUCUGAUUUGGUGUCAAUUAUGAUGGAGAUGGAAGACAAUCCUGACCUUGCUUUGAAUGCCGAUGUUCUUGAUUCAUGUUUCCCAACUGCACCUUCAGACAAUACAGAAGUUGAAGGUGACAAUCUCCAAAGUCUCAUUUUUGAGAACGAACGGCUAAAAGAAUCCCUCAACUGUAAAAUUUGUCUGGAUAGGAAAGCGGACGUUAUCUUUCUCCCAUGUGGUCACAUUGUCAGCUGCCCUCAGUGUGCUCCCGCCCUGGACCUCUGUCCAGUCUGCCGCAAGUCCAUCAUGGGCCUCGUCAAGGCACAAUUUGCAAACACAAGAAUUGAUGUUGAAAAUGACUAUGACGAAUAUAGUGAAUAAAAAUGCCUCAAUAGUAAGCUUGAAGAUACACUGCCCUAUUAGGAACAAAACACUAUUUGUUAAGUGACAAUGAAAGUAUUGGUGUACCAAUAGACGUGGCAUUGUGGUUAGUUUCUUCUCCGAUAAAACAUGACAUUUUAUGUUGUAACAUACAGAAUACAGCACUAUUAACUCAAUUAACAUGUUAGUAUGAUGCGUGCCACUGUAAAGGUGAGUGUUUGGUGAUGUUAAAUGAUAACAUUUUGUUAAAUUAUGUUGUUCUAUAAAUUAUGCUAUACUUAUUUUACUUUUUAUUUUUUUAAUAAAAACUUAAAAGGUA